AUGCCGAGCAGCUAUGGGAGCAGUAUUGCGGUUCGUUCGCUCCUAUAAAAGCCAUGGCGCAGGUUCGAUCUCCUCCACACACACAAGUCACAUACACACACACAAGCUAGCUAGCAGGACCAUGGCAUCAGGAAGGAUGCUACUCGGCGUCUGUGCCGUGCUGAUGGCGGUCGCCGUCGCAAACGCGGCAGACGGCCAGGUGGCGUCGGUAGUCGUGGGUCUGGCAAGGUGCGCCGACUGCACGAGGAAGAACAUGAAGUCUGAGGCGGCUUUCAAAGGUCUUCAGGUGGCGAUCAAGUGCAAGAACACCAACGGCGAGUACGAGACCAAGGCCGUGAGUGAGCUCCAAAGCACCGGAGCUUUCAGCGUCCCACUCGCUGCCGACCUCCACGGCGCCGAGUGCCACGCGCAGCUCCACAGCGCCGCGAACGCGCCUUGCCCCGGGCAGGAGCCGUCCAGGAUCGCUCCCAUGUCUGGCGGCACCUUCGUCGCCAUCCCGGGCAAGACGCACUACAACCCGUCCGCGGAGUGCGCGUCCGCGUUUCUGUGCUCCCCGAUCAAGAAGCACUUCUUAGACCACUUCCACAAGGCACCCGUGCCGGAGCACAAGCCAGUGCCGGAGCACCACCCCACACCCGAGUACCACCCUCCCACGCCGGAGUACCACCCACCAACGCCGGAAUACCACUCUCCAACUCCGGUGUACGGGCAGCCAAAGCCAACUCCGAUCUACCAUCCUCCCGCUGAGCACUGAAUACAUCAUUCAGUUCCUGUGAAUUCAGCAUAUUUUGCCACGGACGCCACAGCUCCCACGGCAUGCAUCAGGCUUGUGUUAGUUCUUAAUAAUUUUAUUACUGCAUGUGUGUUAUUAGUAGUUCGCCCAUGGAGAAUAAAAUGUUAAAUUAGUUGGGAGGUUCUACUUUGGUGAUCGUUGUUUAGCUCUACUUUGUAAAAGCGGAUUGUGCAUCUUGUCUUCUCGUCACUGUAAGCAGGUUGCGCUCAGUCCUAGGUCGUUUGUUCUGUUUCAAAAUGUCAGUGGAUUACAGUAAGCUUUUUUGCGCGAACA